AUGGGGUCCGCGUCCUCGGCGUACCGAAUGAUCUACUUGGACGUCGAUGGCAGGAUCCAGAAGGUUGUGUUCAGCCGCUUCUGCAGCCCCUGUGACAUCAAGGAAUUGUUCUGCACGGCGCUUGGAGUCCCCAGGAACAUGAACAUUUGCCUUCUGGAUGUGACGGGGGCCAUGGUGUCCAUCGACCCCACUAUGCCACACAACUCUGAGAGGUAGUGUCAGAAGGGAGUGGGACACAGCUCUCUAGGAGGAGAUAAAGAGGAGCUCUUCCAGAAUGUACUGACUCAGGUGGCAGAGCAGUUUUCCAGGGCAUUCAAAAUAAACGAGCUGAAGACCGACGUGACAAACCGCCUGGCCAUGCUGGAGAAAAGAGUGGAGUUGGAGGGGUUGAAGGUGGUGGAGAUUGAGAAGUGUCGCAGUGACAUUAAGAAGCUCCGGGAAGAGAUGGCCUCCAGGAACAACAGCAGCUUCCUUGAUGAGAAUAAGAAGCUAACACCCCGCAGAGAUGUGCCUUCCUAUCCUAAGUACCAUCUGUCCCAGGAGACGAUGGAGGCUCUGAGGAAGCCGGUCUUCGAUGUCUGGCAGUGGGAACACAAUGAGAUGCUGAGCUGCCUGGAGCACAUGUACCAUGACCUCGGCCUGGUCAAGGACUUCAACAUCAACCCCAUCACCUUGAAGAGGUGGCUGCUCUGUAUCCAUGACAACUACAGGAACAAUCCCUUCCACAACUUCCGCCACUGCUUCUGUGUCACACAGAUGAUGUACAGCAUGAUAUACCUCUGCAGUCUGCAGGAGAAGUUCACACAGGUGGACAUUCUGAUACUGAUGACCGCUGCUGUGUGCCACGACCUGGAUCACCCCGGUUACAACAACACGUACCAGAUCAAUGCUAGGACAGAGCUAGCAGUGCGCUACAAUGACAUCUCUCCUCUGGAGAACCAUCACUGCGCCGUGGCCUUCCAGAUCUUCUCCCAGCCCGACUGCAACAUCUUCUCCAACUUCGACCCCGAGGCCUUCAAGCAGAUACGGCAGGGAACAAUAACGCUGAUCCUGGCAACGGACAUGGCCCGGCAUGGCGAGAUCCUGGACUCCUUCAAGCAGAAAGUGGAUAACUUUGACUUCAGCAAUGAGGAGCACGUCACCUGUCUGAAGAUGGUGCUGAUCAAAUGCUGCGACAUCUCAAAUGAGGUACGUCCCAUGGAGGUGGCUGAACCUUGGGUGGACUGCCUACUAGAGGAGUAUUUCAUGCAGAGUGACAGGGAGAAGUUAGAGGGACUCCCGGUUGCCCCCUUCAUGGACAGGGAAAAGGUCACCAAGCCCACCGCCCAGAUCGGGUUCAUCAAAUUUGUCCUCAUCCCUAUGUUUGAGACCGUCAUGAAGCUGUUCCCCCAGAUUGAGGAGGUGAUGGUGCAGCCUCUGAGGGAGUCCCGGGACAGGUACGAGGAGCUAAAGCAGAUCGACGACGCCAUGAACGAGGUGCAGAAAAAGAAAAGUGAGAAUUUAACCAUGGGUGGGAAGAAGAAAUAAGGGAUUUGGAGGGAAGACUUGCCAGAGCUUGGAACCAGUGAACGUGAGUUUCUCUGCUAUAGUGGAUACUCAGCAUGGAAGACGAUGAACUCAGGGCCGGGGGGAGCAGGCAGUGGAUGGACUGGACCGACUGACUGACAAUCCAAAACCUCUAUCAGGGAAUGUGAAACUGUACAGCACAGAAAACUUCACUGAACAACUUUCAGCUUUUAUAGUCUUUUUUUGUUGUUGUUUUUUAAUGUCUUGUUUUAUACAGAAUGUACAGAUUUAUACAUAGUCACUUUUGGUCUUUGCUACAAAUAAAGAAAUGCUAU